AUGGAGUUCUCGGAGCUGAUCCGUACCGGCCGGGCCCAAGCAGAGCUCCGGCGGGGCCCGGAGGCGGCUCCGCUGCGCGGUACGCUGUGCGUCACCGGCCACCACCUGCUGCUGUCUCCAGGGCCCCAGUCGACUCCGGACCUGUGGCUGCUGCUGUUGCGUAGUGUCGACUCCAUCGAGAAGCGGGUCGCGGGUGACUCGGGCACCAUCACGCUGCGCUGUAAGGAUCUGCGGGUGCUGCAGCUGGACAUAGACGGCGCGGGGGCGACGCUGGACAUCGCCCGCUCCAUCGAGGCGCUGUCCUCCCUGGAAUCGGUCAUCACAUCCUUUCCGUUCUUCUACCGUCCCAAGGGCCUGAGACUGGGGGACGCCUGGCACUUCCGCCCGCCCGAACGCUACUACAAGCGAGGAGCUCGCGAGACCAACGCGUGGCGGCUGAACGAGGUGAACGAGGACUUCAGCUUGUGCCCCAGUUACCCCCGGGCGGUGAUCGUGCCUCGCGCGGUGGACGAUGCCCUGUCGCGCAGCGCCCGCUUCCGCCAGGGAGGCCGCUUCCCAGUGCUCAGCUACCACCACGCUCCGAGCGGGACCGUUCUGCUACGCGCCAGCCAGCCCCUGAGCGGUCCCCAGAAGCGGCGCUGCGUUGAGGAGGAGGAGCUGCUCCAAGCUGUGCUGGCAGGGGCUCGCCCUGGGGCCCGGGGCAUCAUAGUGGACACGCGCUCGUCCCACGCUGCUAAACAGGCCCGCAUGACUGGCGGUGGCACUGAGGCCAAGGCCGUCUACCCUGGCUGGAAACAGCUGCACCGGCCCCUGGAGAGGGGCCGGCCCCUACAGGAGAGCUUUGUGCGUCUGGUGGAGGCCUGUGGGGACCAGGAGCAGAGCAUGGACCACUGGCUUAGUCAGCUACAGGGCUGCCGUUGGCUGGCACAUGUGAAGGAGGCACUCAGCACUGCCUGCCUGGCAGCCCAGGGCAUGGAGAGGGAAGGGGCCUGCAUUCUGGUGCAUGGGGCUGAAGGCAUGGACAGCACCCUGCUUGUGACUUCACUGGCCCAACUCAUCCUGGACCCCUUGAGCCGGACCAUGGCUGGGUUCCAGGAACUGGUGGAGCAGGAGUGGAUUCAGGCCGGCCACCCCUUCCAGCUGCGCUGUGCCCACUCGGCCUUCUCCCAUGCCCGCCCCAAGCAUGAGGCACCCACCUUUCUCCUCUUCCUGGACUGCGUGUGGCAGCUGGGCCGCCAGUUCCUGCUGUCACUGUUUGGGGAAGGGCUGUUGUUGGCGCUGUUUGAGCACGCCUAUGCCUCCCCUUUUGGCACCUUCCUCUGCAACAGCGAAAAGGAGAGAUGCCUGUGAACACACUCACUGUGGUCUGGACUCAACCAGCCAAAAGAGCAACGAAAACUCCGGAACACACUCUACGUCCUCAAUCCCUUGGCCAUCUGGCCCUCUGUGGAGCCCCAGAGCCUGUGGCUGUGGCAACUUCCUCAUCUGUCUUCCUUCUCUUUAGGCCUAUUUCUGCACUGGACCCGCCCACCUGAACCUGCAGAGGAAGCAUGGGAUGUGUGGCAAAUAGUGACAGAAAGUCAGAAAACAGAAGGCUCUCAGCCAACAGUUUCAGCCUGA